UAUAUUUAAGUGGAGAAAAAUAAAUAGAUAAAAUUAUUUAUCGAAAGAUCCUUUUUUGCUCUCUCCGUCUCCCAUCUCCGGGAGGUCUUCCUUCACCGGCAGGUGAUCAAGUGUCACUAUAAUAAGCCGUAAGAGAUUGAUCAGGUGAUUUAAACAAUUCCCACUCUCAUUUACAACUCAACAACCAUACUGCAAGUCUGCAACACAUUUUUGAUGGCCGAAUUAUCCACACUCCCCGUCAACUUCGGCAUCCUCGGCUGCGCCGGCAUCGCUAGGAAGCUAUCCCGGGCCAUCAACCUCAUCCCCGAGGCCAAUAUCGCCGCUCUUGGCAGCCGCUCUCUCGAAAAAGCAACUUCUUUUGCCGCGGAAAACAACUUCCCUCUUACAGCUAAAGUGUUCAACAGCUACGACGCUGUUUUGGACGAUCCUGAUAUCGACGCUGUGUACAUUCCGUUACCAACUAGUCUUCAUCUUAAGUACGCUGUUCUGGCAGCGCAGAAGAAGAAGCAUGUGUUGUUGGAGAAGCCUGUGGCGAUGAAUGUAGGUCAACUUGAUACGAUCAUCGAGGCGUGUGAGGAUAAUGGACUGCAGUUUAUGGAUGGGACUAUGUGGAUGCAUCAUCCCAGGACGAGUAGGAUGCGAGAAUUCUUGUCUGAUUCGAAGCUGUUCGGUGAGCUCAAAUCGAUAACCAGCUGCUUCACUUUUGCUGCUACUCGCAAUUUUCUGGAGAAUGAUAUUCGUACAAAGCCAGAUCUUGAUGGCCUAGGUUCUCUUGGUGAUGUGGGAUGGUACUGCAUCAGGUCGAUCUUGUGGGCCACUAAUUUCGAGCUGCCUAAAUAUGUGAUUGCUUUGCCAGGACCUGUCCUGAACAAAGCAGGUGUGAUCUUAACUUGCAAUGCUUCCUUACAUUGGGAAGAUGGCAAGGUCGCGAACUUUCAUUGCUCUUUCUUGGAGAACUUGACAAUGGACGUGACUGUUAUUGGGACAAAGGGGACGUUGCAUAUGAAUGAUUUUGUUGUCCCCUAUGACGAAAACAAAGCAUCUUUUACCACGGCCACAGGGUCAGGGUUGAACGGUCUGGAGACUAAGUGGAUGGCCAAACCGAGUGAGCACAGUGUGAUUACAGAUCUUCCUCAGGAGUGUCUGUUGGUGAGAGAGUUUUCGAGGUUGGUGAGUAAUAUCAAAAGCAAUGGUGCAGAACCUGAGAAGAAAUGGCCAAGCAUCAGCAGGAAGACUCAGCUGACACUGGAUGCAGUCAAAGAAUCUCUGUCCAACGGAUUCAAGAAAGUGGAGAUUGUCGAUUGAUUAUCAGAUCAGGACGUAUCUGCAGAGGAGGCAAUAAGGGUACUUGUUUCCACUUGUUCUUCAAUGUUGUAAAUAUGUUCGAUGUUUUUUUUAGUACAGCAUCAAAUACUUGCCCCCAAGGUCAGCCAUUUAAUUGUGUUCGGAUUCAAGUCCUACCUGUUUCCUUUUAUUUGAUUCUGUUUUGCCUCACGAAGGUAAAAUCCUAGGUCCGUCCUUUGAUAAUACCAGUCGAUAUUUCAAUCAAUCUGCUUCUUCAUUUACUUGAUAAUGAUACAAUUUACUUGGUGACUAGUAGCUAGUGUAGGAAAAAGAGAUUAAUCACAAAUUCGCAAUUCUAAUAUAAUUAUUUGACAAGUCCUGCAACUUACUCAAAAUUUAAAUUUCUUUGAAAUGAUUUUUGGCCGCUUCUGAACAAAUUCGAACGAGUUUGUGCCAAUUUUACGUCGAGUUCCUGAAUUGAGAAGAAGAGAAGCUACAAAGGGUUCUGUCUACAAGACGACGAUGAGUUGUUUGUACAAGGUAGAGUGGUCCAGGGGCUAGGAAGAAUCAGGCCCG